CAGCUACAUAAGUUGGAAGAAUGUAGUAGUAAAAUUACAGAAUAAUUUUAAACUGUGGUUGUUGGGGGUUAUGAAACAUUUCCAAGCCAGGUAUCAAUGCAUGGUUGAUAUGAAAUGUUAUGUGACUGAUGGUUAAUUUUCAAGCCUAAAAAAAGGUGUAAAAUAACCAAAACUAAAAGGCAUGAAAUGAUGAAGGGGUAAAUUAACAUGGAUCCUUUCUAUAUUUACAUUGAAGUCAAAACAGGGACACUCGGUCCCCAGUAGGCAUGCAAGUAAACAAUAUCAAAUUCAUUUUGGGUGCUUAUGACGCCCCUAUAAAGUGCUGCCCUGGGUGUGUGCCAGAACCACAUGUGGUAAAUGUGGUUUAUUAAAAACCGCAACAGCUAACAUCUUCACCUUCACCUUACAAUGUUAUUAAUUCCUAUUCAUUCACUCAGUAUUUCUCUUUGCGCACCCUGAAGUUAGGGUUCCGUUGCUCGCUGUAACGUUUUGCAGGACAGUCCAGGCUCCUCCCCAGCACCAACGUCACCCGAUCCCUAACAAAGCGUCAGCUAUAGUCGGCAACACAUUGUGGUGGCAGAUCUGCGGGGCGCUGCGCAAAGCGGGACCAGCAACGCUGCAUUUCAUGUCCCCAAAAUAUUCCGAGAUAAGUGCGGAAGAGCGUGCAUAGUAGAUCUCUAGAGUCACUGCAACUUCAUCGGCCGGCUGUGCUGCUCUCUCCCUCCCCAGUCUGCUGAAGCUGCUGCAGACCGGAGGAAUUUGCAACUUGCGGAACUGAAACUGGGAAGCGUGAUCCGUUAGGUGCACUGUCAGUUUUCGGAGGAAGUUAUUAUUUUUUUUAAGAAACGGCCACAUACUUGGAGUUACCUUCCCAGUGUUGGAAACUUCCCAACGCAGCAUCGAUCGAGGUCCUCCCGCCCACUUACCUCUGAUCCACAAUACAGGAAGGCGGAGAGAGAGAGGAGAGCGAGAGAAACAGAGAGAGAGAGAGAGAGAGAGAGAGAGAGUUGAGCAGCCGCAGCGGUGGAUGGAGCAACAAAGGCUGGAUGGGUAAACUACAAGAGUCCCUCUGAGGAAAACUCAACAGCGCUUUCUGUCGUCGCCUGAUAUUUUCUUAACUGGAACUCUGUAUCAGCUUGGAUCUCAUUCCGGGGACCCCAUCCAGAGCAAACUCUCCAGAGCCAACCCAGCGGGGGGGGGAAUUCGUCGCAGACGUGAAAUUGAUGCUUUGGCACGGAGAGUCGCGCAGCCGAAAACGUAGUUUUGCGAAAGUCUCCUGUAGCCCAGUGAGGGAGAGGUAGACCGGUCUGCGGCCGAAGUGGGAUUUGCAGAAGUUGCAUGCGUGUUCUUUGUCGCCUCGAGUGAGUCCCGUCCAGUCCGCUCUCAGGUUAUCAGAAGAGACCAACCGGGAUAGUUGAGGAGCCAUGGAGCUGUUCGCGGGGAUGUUGGGAUUCCUGUUGUGGCUGCAGGUCCAAGCUGUAUAUGGACAGAGUGUACAGAUGGACCCCAGUAAGUCUGGCUUUGUGGGCACACAAGUGGAACUGCGCUGCAUCUUCGUCAAUAGCAAUCCGCCGGUGAAGAUCUCCCAGGUCACCUGGCAGAAGCUGUCCAACGGCACCAAGCAGAACGUCGCCACCGCCAACCCGACCCUGGGCGUGUCCAUCCUGUCGCCCUUCAAGGAGCGGGUGGGCUUCAAGCAGGCGGCCGCUCUCCAGCGCCACCAGAUGGAGGACACCACCAUCGUGUUCUCCAACCUGCAGCUGUCCGACGAGGCGGCCUACAUCUGCGAGUACACCACGUUUCCGGCGGGCAACAGAGAGAACAUGGUCAACCUCACCGUGUUUGCUCGACCAAUGACUCGGAUGACCCUAACGAGCCCGACGAUCGUGGCCAGGGGUAAGAAGCGCAACAUGACCGUCGCCACCUGCACUUCGGCCAACGGGAAGCCUCCAAGCACGAUCAAGUGGAACACAUUGCUGAAGGGGGAAGCCACCUUGCAGGAGACUCGCAACCCGAACGGCACGGUGACGGUACGGAGCAGCUACGUGGUGGUCCCGAGCCGCGAGACACACAAACAGAAGCUCACCUGCAUCGUGACGUACCGGGGCGAGAGGAUCACAGACAGCGUGGUGCUCAACGUGCAGUAUGAACCCGAGGUGAAGAUUGAAGGGUUUGAUGGAAACUGGUACCUGAACCGUCAGAAUGUUCAGCUGACCUGCAGGGCUGACGCUAACCCCCCUGUGACGAUCUACCAGUGGAAACUUCUGAACGGCUCGCUACCCAGCAACGUGGAGAUCAAAAACAACACCCUGUUCUUCAAGGGGCCCGUGACCUACGACCUGGCCGGAACGUACGUCUGUGUCGCAAUCAACGGCAUCGGGACGCGCACCGGAGUCGUGGACGUCAACAUUACCGAGAAGCCAAUGCCUCAGGGUCCCCCAGGUGGUGUUAUCGGGAUCCUUGGAGGUGUUGUUGCCAUUGGACUCAUCAUUGGUGUGGCUGUUACUGUUUUCAUGGUCCAUCGGCGGCAGCAGAAGACUCGCACAGAGACAGAUAAUGACCUCAUUGCUGUUGCUGCUGUUGCUGAUAGUUGUGUGACACAGGCUCCAGAGAAGCCAGAGUCCCCCACAAGGAAAGUAGAGGCACCUGACCCCAGUCUGUCCCCUGCCGACCCCUGCCUUCCUGGAUCCUCUAUUCUGCUGCCUGCAUGUAACGGCGGCCUGCAAGUGACAUAUUUGAGCACGCCAUUGUGAGCGCUGAAAGCUGCAAACUUUCAUCGAUCACGACUCAGAAGCACUGGACUUGAUGUGUUAAUAAGAGAUUUGUUUUGAUGCAUCUAUUAAGACUUCUGAACUCAUGCAUCUCCAUUUGAUGCAGGAGAAAAUAAAAGAAACAGAAAAUAUCCAGCUCCAUGAAAUAACGGCAAUGCCUUUUGAUAAACAAUUAUGCAAGAAAAUGAAGCUUGAUUAAAAGCAGCUCCGAGAUUAAUUAAACCUCAUCAAAAUUAAAAAGAUGAAGCGUCCAGCUCCACUUGAUCAGAUUCACGGAGCUGAAUAGGAACAAACAGGAUGAGUGGAGAUUUUAAAGUAGAUGUAAAAUUCUUAAUCAAAGUUGAGCUUUUAAAGGGACAGCUUGUAUUUUAAAGUGAGGUACCUGUACUAGAAACAUGACAUAUCGCAGUACCUUUGUAGAAAAAAAAAGAAAGGCAGAUUUCACAUUUUAGCUAAUUUAGAUCUCAAAUCUCAAGCUGAUUUGUUUUCAUGCUUUGGAUACAGAUGUUAAGCAUUCACUCUUUUACAAAAGACUUUAUAUCUAAUAAGAUCACAUGAAAAUGACCCCAAGCAGAAUAUUGUUGAAAAUUUGAAAUUUGCAUGCUAAUGGAGAUCCUGCAUAUACAGAGAACUGUAUUUGAAGCUUUUUGCUGCCAUCUAGCUGUCAGAAUAGAUACUACAUCAGCUUGUGAUUUUGAGUACUAGGCUGCAUUGGAAAAGGUUUGUACAUAAACUUAUGUUGUAAUACAAAUUCAAAGCAUAAACUGCAUAAAACUGCUAAAUUUGUUUAGGUACUACAGCUAUGCCUAAUGUUGCUAAUUUGCAUCAUACCAUGGAAAACUUGUAUCAGUUGAAUGGAAUGUUUUCAAAGUAACAAUCUCUGUAAUUUAGGAUCUUAAAAUUUAAAAUAAAAACUCAUCUGAACAAGGUCUAAGUUACCAAGCGCAGACAGUUUAGUUUAGAGGUAACAGGAUGAUUCCACUGCAGUUGCAGUCACAACUGCAUCAGUUGUCCAUCAAUGGACUGAUGGACAACUGAUGAUAUUAUCAUUACCAUAAUGUCUAUAUCAUUUCCAAACAUGCAGAUCUUUAAUGUAGUAGGUUGUAUGCUUUGGUAGCAAAUACUUUUAGUUUGAGCUGUUUAAAGUAGCUUAAACUACUUAAAUAGGAGUCAAUCUGUUAGCCUAAACAUUUCUCCCAACAAACUCACUGUGAUAUUACAUGUUUCUAUUGCAGGUUUGGGAACUAUUGUUGAUAUUAUGCAAAAAAUGGAAUAACUGAACUGUCUCUUUAAAGCUUUGUGACACAUAAGAUAAGACACAAUAUUAUCCUUAACUGUCCACCUUUUCCCACCUUUUCCCUCUGCCUCCUGCUCUUUUUUCUCCCGUUUUGUGUGCACGACUCCCAUCAAAUCUGCAUGACAAGAUGUAUCGUUUUUUCAGUACUGUGACCGUUGUUAUGUCUCACUAACUUUGGCAUGGAUUGCUUCAUGUAGUGAAACGUGGUGAAAAGCUCUAUGUGUGUUUCCUGUGUGACUUGUUGUCAGUCGUGUUCAGUGUCAUAUUAGAAACCUGUUCACUUCUUCUAAUUGAAAUAUCUAAUGAUAUAAAUGCUGAUAAGGUGCAGGGAGAGAAUGCUUUGCGUUUGUUUAGCUGCAGGAUCACUGUAAAGAGAUUCAUAGUUUUAUGUGAGUUUGUUAUGUCGGGGUAAAGUGGAAGCGUUUAGCCAGACUGUUUAAUUCUGCAUGUUGAUGAGCUGUUAAUCAAGCUUGGGCAUUUGAUAACAUGCCUGACUGCACCGCCAGUCACGCCUCUGUUUGCCCUCACAAAGCAGCACAUGAUGUGACUCAAAAUUGGUCAAUCCUAAUAAAUCACCGGGCUCCUUUUAAAGGCUACACUGGCACAAUAGUCAACUGAUUAUCAAAAUAGAUGGGCACUGUCAGAGGCGAUGUUCUCCCAAUAAUGUGUUCAUCGCUCUGUUUUGCCAGAGCUUGAUGUAUGACCUCCAAAAUGGCGAAAAGCACAGCCAAUUAUAGCAAAGUGGAAAAAAAAAUGAUGUACAGCUUGGUUCCUUGUUGUUGUAAAUAUUCGCUGGUAUAAACUACUUUGAUGCCAACCUCCACCAUGCUGUCAACUGCGUAAGAGUAAAACCAUAAAGCUACAGUCACACUGUUUCUUAUCUUGCUACAUAUGCUGGUAUACAGAUGAAGGGCAUAAAUCUUAGUGGGGUUUUUUUGGCAUGGAGUCACUUUAUCAUAUUUCUUUUCUGUUUUCUUGUGGAGUAUCGCACAUUUUUGUAUCAAUUCAACACCAAAUAAGUCCAAUGAUACCUAUACUGAUACCGAUACUAUUAAUUAUAUAAGUAUGAUAUAUCAUCAAGCCUCUGACCUUUAGGUAUUCUUGUGGUUUUUCCUUCGAAAUUUUUUGUUCAAACAGAAAUUAAACAAAUUUUAUGGGUAUCUACAAAAUACUUCAAUAUCAUAUUAAAAUGGCAUUUUUUCUACACAAACGAAUGCAAAAAUUAUCAGAGAACAAAUCAAAACAAUGUCUUUUCUGAGGUAGGGUUGAGAAACUACGAUUAAAAUCCAUUAAAUUUGAAGAGGGAACCUGAAACCAAAGUACCAUGCUUAAUAUCAAUCUGAUACUGACCAGGUAUCAAUAUGAUCAAUGUUUUGAAUUAAUCCACCAAACUCUACAGUACCCUAUUGAGAUUAAAGUUCAGUGCUUUAUCCAGAUUUGCCUGCAGUAGAGCUGCAUGACAUCUCACUAAUAUAUCAUUACCAUAAUAUUAAUUUGUGCAAAAUUAAUAUCAGAAAAUAUUUUUAGACGCAGUGUCAUUGGCUAUCAUUACCAAGUAUCACUAAUUCACAUUUCAGUUUGUUUGAUGGAGUUUAACUGCAAACCUUAUAGAAAAAAAUCCCUUUUUCCCUGCAAGGCAACAUUCCCCUUCUGUGGCCCAUGCAAGUAAUAUUCGUCAUCACAAUAAUUAGUGACAAUAUUACCUAUCGCAAGAUUGUCUAUUAUUUCAGUUCUCAGUGGUUUAAAUAACUAUAAGCUGAAUGCCUCAGAAGACAGGGCCAAGUUAGCUUGAGUGAAUGUUCACUAGCGCAGACAGAGCAUCUGCAUGGCUUAGUUAAAGUUAUCAAAUGACUGCUUCUACAUUUGUGUAGCAUUUACUUAAUUUUUGUACCAGCAGUGGUUGUGUGUACUAAAUAAUCUAUAUAAUCUGAUAGUUUAACUAGAAAUCAAAUUAUGUACUUUAUGGUAUCAGAUGCUUGAAGCAUUACUGACAGCAGCAUUUAUUUGUAUGCAUUUGAAAUGUAAGGCAGAUAUGCAAUAGUGUGACGGGAGGUAUUAAGUA